GCGGCUCUACCAUCUUAAGACUUGAAAAAGCGGGACAAUAUUUCAAAUAUCCAAAAUUACCCUUCCAUUAAUCACAAAUUUACACGUCAUAUUUCUCGUAUUUUUAAGCAUCGCAUUGCAUGGCGGUUGCGGUUAGGUCGCCGUUGCCAACUUCUGACUCGUUUUCUAAAUUUCCAUUUUUUUUCCCAAAAAAUAACAAAUAAAAAUUCAAAGCUGCCAGAGAAUCCUAACAGCGUCGGAUCGUUGUAUCAUCAUUCAUCGAUCAUAGUAAAGAGAAUCUUACAAUUGUUUUGAUUUCGAGCUGCCAGGUUCGUUCAUCCCGGGAAUUUUCUUCUUUGUGCAGUUCUUAAUCUAUACCUGAAAGUAAAGAACAAAGAUCCUUGAUUAGAACGAUUUUGGAUGUUUAUAUUGAUUUGUGGAUUCAUUUUUGAUAGAAUUAAAGGAAACUGCAGAAGGAUUUUUGUUAAUCUAAGAAAGGUUUAAUUUUGACAAAUGAAUGUGGUUGGCAAAGUUGGGAGUUUAAUUUCACAAGGUGUAUAUUCUGUUGCUACUCCUUUCCAUCCUUUCGGUGGAGCGGUUGAUAUAAUUGUUGUUCGGCAAGCAGAUGGGACUUUUCGGAGCACGCCUUGGUAUGUUCGGUUUGGGAAGUUUCAGGGUGUCUUGAAAGGGGCUGAAAAGGUCGUUCGUAUAACUGUUAAUGGCAUUGAAGCAGAUUUUCAUAUGUAUCUUGAUAACUCUGGGCAAGCAUAUUUUUUAAAGGAGGUUGAAUCUGGUAAAGGAUUUCAGACAAAUGGAGAUUUGAAGGAUUCUGAUGGUGAAGUUGUUUCAGAUUCCUCGGUGGCUCAAUUGAGGGAUGAAUGUGAUGCCACAAAUCACAAACAGCUUGAAAGGGCAGAAUCUGAUACUAGGUUCUAUGAUUUUCAAGAUGAUCAGUUUUAUCAAGAGGGUCUGGUUAAUUUUUCAGAAUAUGGGUCCGACCAAUAUGGGGGUUUAGAUAGUGAGUGUUUUGGGGAAGCACAAGGUUUAGAUUCAGUUGUCUUCUUCAGUAAGGAUGGCCAUAUUCUCACAGCCCCUGUUUUGGCAUCAGACAGGAGUGCUGAAAAUGUGCAACUAAGCACACCUCUGUUCCAUAUAGGCGCAGGUGAAGGACCUGACUUUUGUGACGGUAAUGGGGAAUUUAGUCCAGGUGGCAAUGAAUCAGAUGCUGACUAUAUAGGUAAGCUCAAUGCUGCGGCACCUAAGAAUUCCUCUGAUAUUGUUUGCAGCUUGGACAAUGAUUCUACUGCUUUGAGACACCAUCUAGAAGUUUGUGAAAGAGGGGGGGAACAUGCCUGUCAUACUGAAGAAACUCGAAACCUUUUCAAGCAUGAAAAUGAAUUUAUCAGGCAAAGUGACAUUGAAGAUGCAUCCGUGCAUAUUAAGGAUGAUGUUUUUAAGAGCUGUCUUGAACUAUCUGAAUUGGGCAGACACGAAGAGAACACCAAUUCUGAAGAAAUAGAUAGCCCACUGCAAGCUCAGAUUUCACAAGAUAAGCCUUCUUGCAGCCCCCCAGAAGUUGGUGAAACUGAAGAUGGAGCUAUUGGUGGCUCCAGAAAUAAAGAUGUGUUGUCUUCCUCUUGUAUUCCCAAUUAUUCCAAUGAAAUUGGGUCUCCUGAUUUACCAGUUGAAAAGACAAUGUUGGCUACAGAUAAUAAGGGUUCUAACAAUGCAUCUGUUGAUUUGGUUGUUAAUGACCCUGAAUUGAGAGAUGAACAGUUUGAUACAUCAGCAGCAACUGAGGGGAUGAAUAGCAGUCUGCAAAGUCCUCCACCUGAGGACAAGAGUAGCAUAAGUGAGACUGUGGAAACUGAAACAAGUUGUGCUAAAGAGAUAGAUGUUAGUGCUAGCCUGGGGUUUGAGAUCUCACUCUGUGGCAAUGAACUUUAUGUGGGUAUGGGCUCAGAUGCUGCAGCAGAAGUCUUUGAAGCACAUCGGAUAUCAAUGGAGGAAUACAAAAAUAAUGCAAUGUCAAUUAUUAAGAAUACAAACCUAAUCAUCCGAUUUGGAGAGAUGUACUUCACAUGGGAAAAAGCUGCUCCUGUUGUUCUCGGAAUGGCUGCAUUUGGUUUAGAAUUAGCUAUUGAGCCCCAGGAUGCAAUCCCUGUUGAAAAGGAUGAGUCAUCAAAGCCUAAGGGUGCUGCUUCUGGUGUCACUUCUGCACCUUCUGGCUGCAGAUGGAGGCUUCGGUCUAUUCCCUUAAAAAGGGUCAAAACACUUGAGAAGACCGGUAGCAAUUUAUCUAGUGAAGAGGUAUUUCUUGAUACUGAAUCUUCUCUACAAAAUUCACCAGCAGAUUUAAUUCCAACAUCCAGUGGAAGGAUUGAAUCUCCUGGCAAACAAUUUGUGAGGACAAAUAUUCCCACCAACGAGCAGAUUGCUUCCUUGAAUCUGAAAAAUGGUCAAAACAUGAUUACUUUCAGUUUCUUCUCCAGGGUUCUGGGAACACAACAGGUUGAAGCUCAUCUUUACUUGUGGAAAUGGAACGCAAAGAUUGUAAUUUCAGAUGUGGAUGGAACUAUUACCAAGUCUGAUGUCUUAGGCCAGUUUAUGCCUUUAGUUGGAAGGGAUUGGACACAAUCUGGUGUAGCUAAUCUUUUCUCAGCUAUUAAGGAGAACGGAUAUCAGCUUCUAUUUCUCAGUGCACGUGCAAUUGUUCAGGCAUAUCUAACCAGAAGUUUCUUACUUAACCUGAAACAGGAUGGAAAAGCUUUACCCUCUGGACCUGUUGUGAUUUCUCCUGACGGUUUGUUUCCCUCAUUGUACCGUGAGGUGAUAAGAAGAACACCUCAUGAAUUCAAAAUAGCUUGUUUAAAGAAUAUCAGGAAACUUUUCCCUUCCGACUACAAUCCAUUUUAUGCAGGCUUUGGAAACAGAGACACAGAUGAACUCAGUUAUAAAGAAAUUGGCAUCCCAAAGGGAAAAAUAUUUAUUAUUAAUCCAAAGGGUGAGGUGGCUGUAAGUUAUUGUAUGAACACGAGGUCAUACACAUCAUUGCAUACUCUUGUAGAAGAGAUGUUUCCACCAACCUCAUCCAUUGAACUGGAAGAUUAUAACGAAUGGAAUUUUUGGAAAGUGCCAUUGCAAGAUAUUGAGUAACAUAGUUGAUUGCCUAAAGAAUACGGUUUAGUUAUACCAAGGAGAUGAUCAGUAGCGUAAUUUGUCCCAUAGGUAAGAAAUUGUUAUGAUAUUCUUCAAGUUCUUAAACUCGCUUCCUCGCUGACAUUCAUAUUCUUUGGUGACCUUGAAAUGGUCUGUUGGGGUUCAUCUUGUAAGGAAUAAAUAAUUCAAGUGGAUAAAAUCAAAGCCAUUGCCUACAAUAGCUAUAUCUAUCUUUAGAGAUUAAAA